AUGAGCAUGGACGAUUCUUGCAUACACCAUCGCAUUCCUUUCACAGAGAAUGUUGACUACUUGUCCAGCAAUUACAUCUCGGACUACCAUCUCUAUGUGUGCUGGAAACAGAACAACACCAUCUCCAUAAAAGCACACAAGGAAGAUAUAAGUGUGACCAUUCCACUGACCAUCUCUCGUCGUCUUGAAAACACUAGUUGGAGAAGAUGGGUCAAGCAACAGAAGAACCUUAGCGAGAUUCUGCCUGCUACCAUUAACUGGAACAAGUACCAGGAUGUCACAUGGCUCUACGGACCAAAAUAUACCAAUGUGUGUCCCUACGAGGCACCAUCGCACAAGAACAGCAUCGAGCUUACGCAGAGUAAUCUCCAGAAAUGGGACUGCGCGGAUGUAGACAUGGACUCUGACGACUCCGUGUCGCUCCGUCUGUCAUCUCUGAUGUCGUUCGCCAGCGACUCGAUUCCCAGCGAAGCUGACGAUGAUAGCGACGACGAGGACUUUUCCGAAUAUUCCCACAUCAAGCCUGUUUUGAAGCAAAAAAGCAAUCCGUUUGCACCCACGCCCAAGCCUCGCCGCAAGCUGGUCAAGUUUAGCUACGUGAUCAACUCGCGCGAGUACGCCAACGGGCUACUUUUCGACUACUACUUUUUAGACACACUGUGUUUGUAG